GACUACGUAAGGAACGUUUUUGACACAACAAGACACGGUCACUUUCGAACUGACACAAAUUCGAAAAAGGUGUUAUUAUCCACUCUAUCUCAUCACAAAACAUACUCAAACCUCUGACCCGAUCUCACCGAUUGCGAUUUAUUUUUACCAUGGGAAAGAAAGAUAAGAAGGACGACAAAAAGAAAAAGGAGAAGAAAGAGAAGAAGGAGAAAAAGGACGACGAAGGCGACAAGAAGAAAAAGAAAAAGGACGACAAGAAGGAUAAAAAGAAGGCAGACGACAGUGGUUCCGAAGCUUCCGAUAAGAAGAAAAAGAAGAAAGACAAGAAGAAAGAAGUAGAGGAAGAAGUAGCUGAUUUGAAAAUAGAUUCUUCCGAUGACGAUAGUGUAGACAGUGAUGAUAGUGAUGACAGUGAUGACAGUGACAAGCCUGAGUUCUCAAGCUCCGACUUCGACUUCGGCACUGUUGAAUACUUCGACGCACGCUUGGCCGAAAUCCGUUAUGAGUGCCAGCGCUUACUAAGUCUUGAAUCCAAAGAGAAAAAAGCAUUCUCGAUGAUGUGUCAGAACUAUUACGAUGCCUGGACCGAAAAACGAGACGUCCAGAAAAAGUUAUCGGACCUCAUGACAGAUGAUACUCCWGCUCGUGAGAUCAAAAGACUUCAAGAAGGCAGCAAGGAAUUCUCGGCGAGAAUCGADAAAACACUUGCCAAGCGUCAGAAGUGGUGUGUCAAGUCAGCGCUCGCCGUUUUUGGCGGAUUGAAGCCAGAUGUGAUGGAGAAAGUUGAAAGCAAAUUGGCCGAAGGAGCAAUCAUCGCUCAAGCGGCUCCCCAAAAGCUGUCGGAUUUCGCCCAGGAAUCGAAAGAAAACAAAAAAGUUUUGAAACGAUUGUUUGAUGAUCCUGACUUGAUGAAGGAUAUGCUAACGCAUGGCGGGGUAACUGGAAACGCCUACGGGGAAGCCGCUCGUAUAUAUGAUGAGUGCAUGGAAGAUGUUGAAGACGAAGACGACGAUGACUUUAAGAAAGUCCAUAGUAAAAUCGCAAUGGCUUGUGCUCUAGAACUCGCAUCGCCCAUUUACGAAUUCGAUACAGAWGUCAGAGUUGAUCCAUAUGAAAGAUACGAGCACUUUGUUGAUGCUCAUCGUGAAGGAGAACUAGAUCCGGCUUUUCCUUUUUUCUCUAUUUGGGAAAUGCGACAAAUUGUAAAUUGUGACGCUACCAACGAGCAAAUGGAAUGGAUUCGAAUGACUGUAAGUAAUUUAUUUUCAAAUGGCAACACGCCAAAGCAAGAAAUAUACGAGGACGAACCCAUCAUGUUAUGAAUUAUGCUCACUCCGCUCGCUUUUGUGUUUGUUAUUUAUCCAGAUUAUCAACUACGYCCCCUUCUUUACUUUACUUGAGGACUUCACACAGCGGUAUCUUCACAUUAUCAACUCCGACGUGAAACACCGAAACCCUACGUGGGAYAAAAGUCCGCGAACAUACCAGAUGAUUUUAUCUGGAGGAGGCAAUGUAAGUACUAAAUUUCGUUUGUAACUUUCAGAUAAAAAGAAAAAAUCUUAGUAAUACGACACCUCACACCCUUUAUUAAAAAAUCAACCAAGGCAAAUAUACAUGCYUGGUUUGGGAGAUUCAUCUUGAAGUCUUAUGGAAUCCCUUGUUGGUCAGCCACGGAAAAUAAAAAGGAAGGUUAUGCUUUCUGGUCACCGGAAGGGUGGAAAGUAAUGAAUGGCAUCGAUUGGGACAACUCUUCGUGGAAAGGAAAGAAUGGAAGAGAUUUUAAGACGGAGAUUGAGGCUAGAAACAAGGCUCCACCAAAAGAGUAUUUCAAGAAACUCAUCACUCUCCAGUGCUUGGCUGAUAUGUUCGAUGGUGAUCCAAAURCUAUUCCUGCAGGUGAAAGAGAUGUAUUGCAUCCCGAUAGGAUUUGGCGUUCGAUGUCUGUUGUUUCGAUGUUACUAUURGACGAGGCCGAUGCGGGAACUGAAAAUAAGUUCUUACGCACCGGAGACAGUCUUGUGGAAACCAAUUGCGAAAUAUACCUCGAGAAGUAUCAUGCGGACGCCGAAGACGACRAAGUCACGUUYGACGAUGUCACUGGUAAACUUGUUAUCCCUGCGUCACGUUKUGAAAAAGCAGAAGGAAAUYUUCUCAUUAAUGAUGCCUUCGAGGGAGGUAAACAGGUUAACUUUGCAGCUUUUGGGACAGSUUUUCUWGAAUACAAAAUCCCRGACGAGGUUCCAGCAAAGACCUACACCAUUUCACUCGAAAUUUGCACUGUAUCAUCCCAGCAGGUGCCUUUGAAGGUCGAGUUCGGAGACAGUGUAGAAACGUGUUACAASGUGAAGAUGCAUUACACUGAAGGUUAUUGGGAAAAGACGCGUGCCGUUCCAGUGAAGGUCGAGGGAGGUCAGAUCCUAAGAAUUUCCCGUCCCAAASKAAGUUUAGGCCUUGCCAUCAAAAAGAUGGUCUUCAAUCCUCUUUUCUAGGCAACUAAAGAAUUGGUUCUUUAUGAAAUUUCGUGAUGGAAAUUUGCGUACGCAGCCGAGAAAUCUGGAGUAGCCUUUCGUGUGGCGUCCACAUUCUACAGUAUUUGUUUUGAAUCAGUGAAAGGUAGAGAUACAAACGCACUUUCCGUGUAUCCGGCGGAGCUCUGCAUUUGGAAAUUGGAACCAUUGAUUCCUAUUGUUUUAUUUGUUAGUUACUAUCUAAGUACCGCCUUCGUGAAUUGAUCACAUGAUUUGCCAUCAUGGUGAUUUUAAAUAAAUGAUAGCAAGUUUA